AUGCAGGACUAUGAUGAAGUCACAGCAUUUCUUGGUCAGUGGGGACAUUUCCAACAGAGUGUUUUUGUUCUACUCUGUGCCAGCGUGCUGCCAAAUGGAUUUGGUGCUUUUUCUCUCAUCUUCCUCACUGACGUUCCCAGUCAUCACUGCCUGGUUCCCAAUAUUAACAUGACAGAAGAUUGGCACCAAGCUAUCAUUCCAGUGGAGGUGGUCAAUGGGAAGCUGGAGCUAAGCAGAUGCAGGAGAUACAGGCUGGAUGUGGUCAGAAAUCUGUCUGCUCAGGGAUAUGUUCCAGGCCAGGAUAUUAAUCUCACCAACCUGGAGCAAGAGCAAUGUGUGGAUGGGUGGAGCUACAGUAAAGACGUCUACCACUCUACUAUAGUCUCUGAGUUUGACUUGGUAUGCACUGAAGAGUGGAAGCAGCCAUUCACUUCCACCAUUUACUUCCUGGGAGUUUUAGUUGGAUCCUUCUUUUCUGGACAGCUGUCAGACAGAUUUGGAAGAAAGCCUGUUCUCUUUGUAACCAUGGCCAUUCAGACUGUUUUCACCUUUGCUCAAAUCUUCUCACCAUCUUGGGCGGUGUUCUGCAUCCUACUUUUCAUCAGCGGUUUGGGACAAAUCUCUAACUAUGUUUCUGCUUUUGUGCUAGGCACUGAAAUCUUCACUGGCAAUGUGCGGGUCCUAUUCUCAUCUAUGGGUGUAUGUCUUGCCUUUGCCUUUGGCUUUAUGAUGCUUCCUCUCUUUGCCUACUUUUUAAGGGACUGGAAAUCUCUCCUGCUGGGUUUAUCUGUGCCUGGCCUACUUUACAUUCCUCUCUGGUGGUUGAUCCCAGAGUCUCCUCGAUGGUUGCUGUCACAGGGAAGAGUGGAGGAGGCAGAGGACAUAGUGAAAUAUGCUGCUAAGAAGAACAAAGUGGAGCCUCCCCAGGUUAUCUUUGAGGAUUUCAACUUACCAGCAGAUAAGACUCAGGCUAAGGAGCUCCACAGUAUCUUCAGCCUGCUAAGAACUACAAACAUCAGAAACACAUCUUUCAUUCUGUGCCUUGUCUGGUUCAGUCUCAGUACUGGCUACUUUGGCCUGUCCCUAAAUACAUCCAGACUCCAUGCUGAUCCCUUUAUCAGCUGUUUCAUCUCAGCAGCUGUGGAGGUUCCAGCAUAUAUUUCCAGCUGGCUGGCUUUGCGGUACCUUCGGCGACAACUCUCUGUUAUCUGCGUCUUGCUUCUUGGAGGAGUAUCACUGUAUUUCAUUCAACUGGUGCCUCGUGGUCUAUCUUAUCUGUCUAUUGCUCUAGAGAUGCUGGGCAAAUUUGGUAUUACCACUGGUACAGCCCUGAUGUUUGCAUACACAGCAGAGCUUUACCCAACAGUGGUCAGAAACACUGCAACAGGAAUGUGUACUACCGUAUCCAGAGUGGGAAGCUGUAUUGCACCAUUUUUGUUAAAGCUGGGUGAAUACUUUAAGUACCUGCCUUACAUUAUACUGGGGACGCUUGCUGUUGUGUCUGCUUUUGCUGCCGUCUUCCUACCAGAGAGUUUUGGACAGCCUCUGCCUCAAACUAUUGAACAGAUGCAUAAAAGAGAAAGAAUUAAAUGUUCAUUCAUCACUAGAAAAGGACAUUCGAAACCUGUGACGCUUUUUGAAAGUCAACUCUGAUUGUUUGCAACUUUAAUAACAUCAUUCCC